GCACACAGACAGACACUACAAGUUGUUUGUUAUGAAAUAUGAUUUAGAAUAUUUAUUUAAUUACGGCAGUAGUUCAGAAGACGAAGGGGACAAUGAUUCAGAGGCGACGAAACAACACAGCAAUGAGGCAUUAUUAACUCAUUUAAAACCUGUUGAUCCUAGUUUAUCCUUGGUUAAAAAGAUGGAAAUAUGCGCUGCACCCGUCGUAAUGCCUACGAACAACGAUGAUACAAGAGUUUUAAUACCAAACAAUCAAGAGCUAACACAUAACCCAAAAUAUGAAGAACUUUUUGCCCCAACUUACGGACCAGAAAAUCCUUUUCAAACACAGCAGAUGAAAGCAAGUAGAAAUAUGCUGUCUGGAUAUGUAGAAAAGGCUCAUAUUAGUGAUUUCCAGUUUGAAAAUCAGAGACGGACAUUUACAAGUUACGGUUAUGCCAUGGAUCCUUCAGUAAAUACUGAAGAGGGAACAAGUGAUACUAUUGUAGUGUCAGCAAUGAUAGCGCCAUUAGAGGAAGCUGAAGGCAAGACAGUGUUUGAAAACAUAAAAAAACGGCCGCUAGACAAGAAGAAACGGAACAAAAACGACAACCCGGAAGAUAUUACUGGAUUCCUGGGGCCUUGGGGAGGUUAUGAGGGAGAGAAAAGAGUAAUGAGGCCAGAAGGUGAUGUGGCGAAGGAAUUGGAAGAGAUAGUUGCCAAGAGACAAAAGAAGGGCAAGGUGGAUGAUGACAAACCACUUGAAGAGAAAUCUGUAUUCCAUAUUGACCAAGAAACGGACUACCAAGGCAGGUCGUGGCUGGAAGUGCCGCGAUCAGAAACACAGUUGCGGUCAGAGACACCACCUGACAAAUGUUUCUUGCCCAAGGCACACAUCCACACAUGGAAGGGCCAUACAAAGGGCAUCGCUGCGGCGCGAUGGUUCCCAAAGACUGCGCAUCUGGUGCUAUCUGCUGGCAUGGACUGUAGAGUUAAGAUCUGGGAGGUGUAUGGCGAGCGUCGCUGCGUGCGCACAUACUUUGGCCACCGGCAGGCGGUGAGGGAUGUCAACUUCAACAACAGCGGGAAACAGUUCUUGUCUGCUGCGUACGACCGCUACAUCAAGCUGUGGGACACGGAGACGGGUGCGUGCGUGUCCAGGUUUACGUCUCGGAAGGUCCCGUACUGCACCAAGUUCCACCCUGAUGAGGACAAGCAGCAUCUCUUCGUGGCCGGCACUAGCGAUAAGAAGAUUAUUUGCUGGGACUCCCGCAGCGGCGAGGUCGUGCAGGAGUACGACCGGCACCUGGGCGCCGUCAACUCCAUCACCUUCGUCGACGACAACCGCCGCUUCGUCACCACUUCUGACGACAAGAGUCUACGCGUUUGGGAGUGGGACAUACCAGUCGACAUGAAGUACAUAGCGGACCCGUCGAUGCACUCUCUACCGUCGGUCACCCUAUCACCCAAUGGCAAGUGGUUGGCGUGCCAAUCCAUGGACAACAAGGUGGUUGUCUUCUCUGCCCUCAACCGGUUCAAGAUGAACCGCCGGAAGACCUUCACUGGACAUAUGGUUGCUGGUUACGCGUGUUCGCUGGACUACUCGCCUGAUAUGAGGUAUCUGGUAUCCGGAGACGCGGACGGCAAGUGCUACAUUUGGGACUGGAAGACGACCAAGUUGUACAAGAAGUGGAAAGCACACGACGGUGUCUGCAUCGCCGCGCUGUGGCACCCGCACGAGCCGAGCAAGGUGCUCACCGCCGGCUGGGACGGACUCCUCAAGUACUGGGACUAAUAAAACCACACAAAUCUCA